CACACCAUAGACCCAGCGGAGCUACCAGGUUGGAGGGUCUGAGGACCAGCAACCCUUCAACACAACACAUCCACAAUCCUCUUGGGUUUCCAAUAAGUUCACUUCCCCAUCCAACAUGGAAGAGCCCAAGGAGUACCACAACCUGACAGAACUCUUCGACCUGUUCAAUUACACCUUCCAGCAUUGUCAUGUGGGGCUGGAUGAGAAUGCUAAGCGGGUCUCCCUCUUUGUCCUCUACCUAAUCAUCUUUGUGGUGGGACUGGUUGAAAACCUCUUGGUCAUCUGGGUCAACUGGCAGACCCGAAGCCACAAGAACCUGGUCAACCUCUACAUCUUCAACAUGGCUGUUGCGGACUUAGGGGUGAUCCUCUCCUUACCAAUCUGGAUGCUGGAAGUCAUGCUUGAUUAUACCUGGGUCUGGGGAAGUUUCCUGUGUCGUUUCACCCACUACUUUUAUUUUGCCAACAUGUACAGCAGCGUCUUCUUUCUCACCUGCCUCAGUGUCGACCGCUAUGUGUCACUGACGACCUCUUCCCUCUUCUGGCACCGACAUCAGCACCUCGUGCGGCGCAUCGCUUGCUGCUGCAUAUGGGCCUUGGCUGCCAUCAUUCCUCUACCAGAGGUGGCACACAUGGAGGUAACUGAACUUCCCGAGCCCUUCUGUUUCUUCAUGGCCCCCUUUGAGACCUACGAUCACUGGACCCAGGCGGUCGCUUUUCUCACUGCCUUCUUUGGCUUCCUCAUCCCCUUCUCCAUCAUGGCUGUCUUCAACAUCCUGACUGCCCAACACAUCAAGCGCUGCAACAAGCCUGAAGGUAGGAAGCACUGCCGCCUCAUCUACGCCUACAUCAUCGUCUUCUUGGUCAGCUGGCUUCCCUUCCACGUGGUUCUGCUUUUGCUCACAUUCGAAGGUACCCACAUCUUCCUCCACUGCUACUUGAUUGACUUCCUCUACUUCUUCUAUGAUAUCAUAGACUGUUUCACCCUCGUCCAUUGCGUGGUCAACCCUAUCUUGUACAACUUCCUGAGCAAGAACUUCCGAGGGAAGCUCAUCUCAGUUGUGGUCAGGUAUAUCCCCAAAGACCAAAUGGAUCAGAAGGGCGGAGACGCCUCCUCCUCUGGCACCCAGCACUCUGUCGUCAUCACAAAAGACAACAUUGCCCCAAACUAAACAGCUCUUGCCAGACUUCCUCUGGUUCAUUGCCACCAUUCCACUACAAGAGCAUAUCCAGAAUUUUCUCUCACCAGGGCAGGUUCUUCAUUAAGAGGCUCUUUUUUCUCCCUGCCACCAGCACUUCUUGGAAUCUAGGGAGACGAGGGCCACACAGCGUGAAAUGUGAGGGAGAUUAUAUGCUGCUGUUUCAAACCUAAUGAGUUUAACAAAUCGAGAGAUAGGUUUUCUAUUAAUCAUCACCCACCUCUCUCCAACCCUCAACCACCCUCCUGAAUAACUGUGCUAACAAAUGGUCUGUUUUCUGCUGCCAUGCAAUAAUGAAGAUUAUAUAUUUCUGUGAAAAUCUUCUCUUAUUUGUGCAAAGUUUGGAAUGGAAAUUGCAUUCUGAAAAGAUAAGGCUGUCCCACCUGUUAAACAGUCCAGGUGUAGGUAGGCAGAAUGACAUACAACUGAAGCAGCCAGGGAGGGUGGAAUGAGCUUCUACUAGGGAUGUUGGAGAAAUCCACAAUGAAGUCAAAUGAGUUCAG